AAAAAAUGGGAAUAGGAAAUAGCCGUAUGUUGUUUAUGCAUAUGUUAAAGAACCUUUUAAAGGCAAGAGGUAAAAAAGUUGAACAGCAGCAGCUUGUAAAAUUUUUUAAACAUGUGAAGGAUAUUUGCCCAUGGUUCCCUGAAGAAGGAUCCAUAAAUGUGGAAGCAUGGGAUAGAGUAGGGUGCUGUUUAAAAGAAUAUUAUUUAAAAGAAGGGAAAAAGGUGGUUCCCGCUGAGAUAUCUAGUUUUUGGUCGCUUAUUAAAGAAAGUUUAAAUCCAAAAUCUAUGCUUACAGAAGAGGAAGAUAAAGGAGGAGGGUUUAAUUCCCCCUGGUAUUAAGGAAUUAAGAGAACAAUUUAAAAAACAAACUUUAGAGAAAAUGAUUCAAGAAUAUCCUAGACAUUUUUAGAAUCCAUUUGUUGCUAUGAAUGAAAAAUCUGUAGAGCACGGUAAAAAUAAAAUUAAAGCUAAGCUUGUUCCAGAAAAGGUAGAAUUUGCUGCUUCACCUGGGAUGGAGCCAUCUGACCUUCAGGGACUUUUUCAACCAAAAUCCUGUAAUGGUUGGCGUCCCCUUUGUGUAAAUUCCCAGCCUUUUCUUUCCCCAUUACAGCAGAGCCUUAAACAAGCUUCUAUCAAUGGGGAGGAUUUGUCUGAUUUUCUUCAUUUGUUUCCUGUUUUUGAGGGAAUGGAUGGACAAGGAAAUAUGGUACGAACUCAUAAUCCGGUUCCUUUUAAACAAUUAAAAGAAUUAAAAAUGGCAUAUGCUCAGUAUAGCCCUAUUGCUCCGUUCACUCAAGCCUUGCUAGAUUCUUUGUCCACUGAUGCUCUCCCUCCAUUUGACUGGAAACAAAUUGCUAAAGCUUGUCUUUCUGGGGGUGAUUAUUUGCUAUGGAAAUCUGAAUAUACAGAACAAUGCCAGAGAAUAGCAAAUCUUAAUAGACAACAAGGAGAACUUUAUGCAAUUUAUGAGAUGCUAGCAGGAGAGGGACCUUAUGCUGAGGUUACUCAGCAAUUAGGUUUUCCCCCAGGUGUGUAUGCUCAGGUUAAUACUGCCGCUAAAAAUGCUUGGAAAAAACUUCCUUCAUCUGGACGAGCCUCAGAAGAUCUUUCUAAAAUUAGACAGGGACCUGAUGAGCCUUUUCAAAAUUUUGUGGAUCGCUUGUUACAAACUGCCAGCAGAGUCAUAGGAGAAUCUGAAGCUGGUAUAGUUUUAGUAAAACAAUUGGUUUAUGAAAAUGCUAAUUCUGCCUGCCAAGCUGCCCUUCAUCCUUUUAGAAAGAAGGCUGAUUUAUCUGAUUAUGUUCGUUUGUGUGCUGAUAUUGGCCCCUCUUACACCCAGGGUCUUGCCAUGGCUGCGGCUUUACAGGGAAAGACCAUCAAAGAGGUCUUAUUUCAGCAACACAGAAGUCCUCAGAAAAAGGGAAAUAAUAGGAAUUGUUUUGGUUGUGGUCAAGCAGGACAUUUGAUAAAAAAUUGCCCUCAACGAAAAGAAGGUGGGCUUUCUUCCAAGCAGCCUGGUUUAUGCCCUAGAUGUAAAAGAGGAUAUCAUUGGGCUAAUGAAUGUAAAUCUAAAAAAGAUGUCAUGCAACAGAUGGGAGUUUAUUUGUAUAGCCCUAAUCAAAAGGUUUCUAAUCAAAUGUUUGAUCAAGGAUUCUUGCCUAAUGUUGGUUUAGGAAAGGAAGGUCAAGGAAUUCAAUCUCCUGUGACUCCGACAGCCCAUCCUCCUAGACAAGGCCUGGGGUAUUUUCCCUAGGGGUCAUUGACAUUCCUGCACCCCAUGCAGAUCCAAUUGUCUGGAAAGAUGAAAAACCUGUUUGGGUUGAUUAAUGGCCUUUAACUAGUGAGAAAUUAACAGCUGCCGGACAGUUAGGAA